AUGGGUCUCUUUUCCCGCUGGUUCAGCAAGGCUCAACCAGAAGAUUACGAACAGGUCCUUGCGUCGCUCGGCAACGACAUUGCGAAGCGACAACAACACCUCUCCGAAAUUCGGCUGCGCGAGCGCCGCUCGACGCUCCUCUUCUCCGUCUACGCACUCGCACUCUGGGGCCUCUGGGCGGGCCUCUGGUAUGCGGACUAUCUUCCGAAUGUCAGCACCAUGCUCCCCGGUGUAAGUGGACAUGCACGAGGGAGUGCAUGGGAGAAGACCGCGAAGAGCAUGCCAGUCUUCGUGGGGCCGAUCGUGAUCCUAUUCAUGCGGAGAAUUGUGCAGAUUUGGUACACGAGGGCGGGCGAUGCUGAAGAGAAAGCCCUCAUCACCCUACGCAAGCAACAGCGCGAAAAGAUCGAGGAAAUCAAGAACAAGACUAACUACUACUCCACCCGAAAUUUAAUUGAGCGAUACGAUGACGGACCCCGCCCUGGCCCGCCUGGGACGCCGCAGAGACCGCAGGCGCCUCAACAGCAGCAAAGGCUACCGCAGACACCCUUGCGCCCUGCACAACAGCUGAAUCCUCAGACUCCUGCGCCGGCACCAAUGUCUCCGAGCUUGCAACAGCAGCUUUCCCCUUCGCCAUUGCGUCCGAUGCCGCCGCCGCGGAAGCAGUGGUUCGACAAGCUCGCAGAUGCAAUUCUCGGUGACGACGACGGGACCUCCGUCGGCGCCGCCGCCUCGCGUUACGCCCUCAUCUGCCAGAAGUGCUUCGCGCACAACGGGCUCGUGAAGGAGAGCAUGUGGGAGGAUGCACAGUACGUCUGCCCGAAAUGUGGCCACUUCAACCCGUCCGCACGAGCGAUGCGCGGGACGCGUGCGAAGUCCGGUUCGCCGGACGCACGC